CCAGCGUGGCUGUGACGUAGACUUGUCCUCUGUUCCCUACUCCAGCCUGCGGUAGUAGACUGCUAGUCCUCUGCAGUUCUUUCCGUCUUAUCAAUGUCUGCCCCAGAAGUUUAUUCAAUCGCUCAGGCUCCCAUUACUUGCCACACGUUCAACGCAGACCGCAGUCAGUUGGCGUUGAGUCUGAAUGACAACAACAUAAAUAUCUACACUAAACAGGGGAAGGAAUGGCAAGUAACAGAGACACUAAGUGAACAUGACAAAGUCAUCACAUCGGUCGACUGGGCACCACGUACGAAUUGUAUUGUGACAGCCUCGCAGGACAGGAACGCCUAUGUGUGGUCCCAGUCUCUGGAUCCAAACACUGGCCGGAUGGUGUGGAAACCGACACUCGUGCUGCUGCGCAUCAACCGCGCGGCAACGUUCGUGAGGUGGAGCCCGAACGAAGAUAAAUUUGCAGUUGCGAGUGGCGCGAGAACGAUCGCCAUCUGUUCGUUCGAUCCCGAGAAUAACUGGUGGGUCGCACGGCACCUGAAGAAACCUAUCCGGUCUACAGUACUGUCAGUGGAUUGGCACCCCAAUAAUGUACUGCUUGCUGCAGGCAGUGCCGAUAUGAAGGCGCGUGUCUUUUCGGCUUACAUUAAAGACGUGGACAAGAGGCCUGCACCGACGGUAUGGGGCGAGAAAUUACCGUUUAAUACUGUUUGCGGAGAGUAUGCCAGCCCUACUGGAGGAUGGGUCCACGCCGUUGGUUUCUCGCCGUCUGGAGACACGCUAGCGUUCGCGAGCCACGACAGUUCUAUUACCAUAGUUUAUCCUGGUGGUCCUACGGUCUACACGAUCCGGCUGCAGUCCCUACCUCACGUGACUCUUACCUGGACUGCGGAAGACACGCUCGUGGCAGCUGGACACGACUGCCAACCAGUCGUCUACUCAGGCGGUCCCGGUGGUUGGUCGUUGGCGGGGACGCUCGACGACAGUGCCACCAAGACAGGAGCCGCAAGAGUCGGCACUGUCGGUCGACUGAACACCGCAGCAUUUAAUGCCUUUAGGAACGCAGACACGCGCGGUCAUACAUCGGAGACCGUGACCGACACUGAACUACAUACUAUUCACCAAAAUACGAUCACGAGUGUCCGUCCACAUGAGAAGGGAGCUGGAGGUUCUGUUCUGGUGAUCUGGAACGUGUCUGCUGUGAGUGUGGGUGGGCUGGCAGGAAGACUUGGGGCGAUGAGGAUGUGAAGACUCGGUUAGACUACCGUCGAAAGUUCAUCGCUGGAAAGGCACCGUUGCCGGCGUCAGCGACUCUCUUACUUCGAAAAACAGAUAGGUUAGGAUACGUUUACAUAAAGGUACAAAGCAUGUAUUCAAGUAAGAAUUUGAAAUGAUGGAAGAAAAUGGGAAGGAGU